GUAGGUUUGCUUGCGCGCCCGGGUGGCACCGGGUUUGGGAGCGGGGUGAUGCCCCGGAGCCGUCCCCGUAGCCCCUGCAUCUCCGAUUGACCUCUCCCUUUCUUUGGCUCGGGUCGCGCGUUUGCUGCUCUCGUCAUUCGCUUUCCACCGCUUCUGCCCGAUGCUGCGGUGCGUGGGGCAAGUGUUCCCCCCGCCGCCUCCGCGGGGCUGUUCCUGCUGCCGUGCCCGGGGCUGAACCGGGGAUGUAUUUCCAGAGGUGUUGCGGGUCCCGGGCUUUCUGUGCUACCAAAAUCCAUCCCUUUCCUUUUGUACUUUUUCUGUUUUUCAAUUUGCGCAAUCUGGAAAAGAAAACCCAAGGGGAAGAAGAACCUGGGCGCCGGCACAAGGAGCGCGCCCAGAUCCACCAGCCUGGAGGGAGAGCAUUUUGUUAAGUCAUGGGAACGGGCCCUCACCCGCAGAUGCCUGCGCUGCUUUUUUUUGACUAAUUGCUGGUAUCACUGACUCAUUAUUCCUUGUCUCAGUCGCCUUCCUGUUUCCCGCGUGCUUCAAGGCUCGGGGACGUAGGCGAAGGGAGGAUGAAGUUUCGGCAUUCCUGGGCGGUCCUCUGCUGCUUCCCGCAGCAAACCCAUCUCUCUGGCACCGCAGCUGCGGCUGAAUUCCAUCUUGUUUCUCCUCCUGAAGAAACCCUGAUGGACACACGGACGGCAACGGCCGAGCUGGGCUGGACCGCCAACCCUCCCUCAGGGUGGGAAGAAGUGAGUGGCUACGACGAGAACCUGAACACCAUCCGUACGUACCAGGUGUGCAAUGUCUUCGAGCCAAACCAGAACAACUGGCUCCUCACCACCUUCAUCAACCGGCGCGGAGCCCAUCGCAUCUACACCGAGAUGCGCUUCACAGUGCGGGACUGCAGCAGCCUCCCCAAUGUCCCCGGCUCCUGCAAGGAGACCUUCAACCUCUACUACUACGAGACAGACUCUGUCAUUGCCACCAAGAAGUCGGCCUUCUGGACGGAGGCACCCUACCUCAAAGUGGACACCAUUGCUGCUGACGAGAGCUUCUCCCAGGUGGACUUUGGUGGCAGGUUGAUGAAGGUGAACACGGAAGUGAGAAGUUUUGGGCCCCUGACCCGCAAUGGCUUUUACCUGGCUUUCCAGGACUACGGGGCUUGCAUGUCUCUGCUCUCUGUCAGGGUCUUCUUCAAGAAGUGCCCAAGCGUGGUGCAGAACUUCGCUAUCUUCCCUGAGACGAUGACGGGGGCAGAGAGCACCUCUCUGGUGACAGCACGGGGUACCUGCAUCCCCAACGCCGAGGAGGUGGAUGUACCCAUCAAGCUGUACUGCAACGGGGAUGGGGAGUGGAUGGUACCCAUAGGUCGCUGCACCUGCAAGGCUGGUUAUGAGCCAGAAAACAACGUGGCUUGCAAAGCCUGCCCAGCCGGGACAUUCAAGGCCAGUCAGGGUGCGGGUCUGUGCACCCCAUGUCCCCCUAACAGCCGCUCCAGUGCUGAGGCCUCACCGCUCUGCGCCUGCCGCAAUGGCUACUUUCGGGCUGACCUGGACCCACCGGCAGCCGCCUGCACCAGCGUCCCCUCCGGUCCGCGCAAUGUCAUCUCCAUUGUCAACGAGACCUCCAUCAUCCUGGAGUGGAACCCACCACGGGAGACGGGAGGCCGGGACGAUGUCACUUACAACAUUGUCUGCAAGAAGUGCCGGGCAGACCGGCGUGCCUGCUCCCGCUGUGACGACAAUGUGGAGUUCGUGCCUCGCCAGCUGGGGCUGACAGAGACCCGUGUCUUCAUCAGCAGCCUCUGGGCGCACACGCCCUACACCUUUGAGAUCCAGGCGGUCAAUGGGGUUUCUAACAAGAGCCCCUUCCCGCCUCAGCAUGUCUCUGUGAACAUCACCACGAACCAAGCUGCACCCUCCACCGUCCCCAUCAUGCACCAAGUGAGUGCCACCAUGAGGAGCAUCACGCUGUCCUGGCCGCAGCCGGAGCAGCCCAAUGGCAUCAUCCUGGACUAUGAGUUGCGCUACUACGAGAAGCUGAGCCGCAUCUGCACGCCCGACAUCAGUGGCACUGUGGGCUCGAGACCGGCGGCGGACCACAACGAGUACAACUCCUCCAUGGCCCGCAGCCAGACCAACACGGCCCGGCUGGAGGGGCUGCGCCCCGGCAUGGUGUACGUGGUGCAGGUGCGAGCACGGACGGUGGCUGGCUAUGGGAAGUACAGUGGGAAGAUGUGCUUCCAGACACUGACGGACGAUGACUACAAGUCUGAGCUAAGGGAGCAGUUGCCGUUGAUUGCAGGGUCCGCGGCGGCCGGCGUGGUCUUCAUCGUCUCGCUGGUGGCCAUUUCCAUAGUCUGCAGCAGGAAGCGAGCGUACAGCAAAGAGGCGGUGUACAGCGAUAAGCUGCAGCACUACAGCACCGGGAGAGGAUCUCCGGGAAUGAAGAUUUACAUUGACCCCUUCACUUACGAGGACCCAAAUGAGGCGGUGCGUGAGUUCGCCAAGGAGAUAGACGUCUCCUUUGUGAAGAUCGAAGAGGUCAUUGGAGCAGGGGAAUUUGGAGAGGUGUACAAAGGCCGCCUGAAGUUGCCUGGCAAGCGGGAGAUCUACGUGGCCAUCAAAACGCUGAAGGCUGGCUACUCAGAGAAGCAGCGCCGGGAUUUCCUGAGUGAAGCCAGCAUCAUGGGGCAGUUCGACCACCCCAACAUCAUCCGGCUGGAAGGGGUGGUGACCAAGAGCCGACCAGUCAUGAUUAUCACGGAGUUCAUGGAGAACGGGGCCCUGGACUCGUUCCUGCGGCAAAAUGAUGGGCAGUUCACGGUGAUCCAGCUGGUGGGGAUGCUCAGAGGGAUCGCUGCUGGGAUGAAGUACCUGGCAGAGAUGAACUAUGUCCACAGGGAUCUGGCGGCCAGGAACAUCCUGGUCAACAGCAACCUGGUGUGCAAAGUGUCAGACUUUGGCCUCUCGCGCUACCUGCAGGAUGACACGUCCGACCCCACCUAUACCAGCUCCUUGGGUGGGAAGAUCCCUGUGCGAUGGACAGCACCAGAGGCCAUCGCUUACCGCAAGUUCACGUCAGCCAGUGACGUCUGGAGCUAUGGCAUCGUCAUGUGGGAGGUGAUGUCGUUCGGGGAGAGGCCCUACUGGGACAUGUCCAACCAGGACGUCAUCAAUGCCAUUGAGCAGGACUACCGGCUCCCGCCGCCCAUGGACUGCCCGGCUGCCCUGCACCAGCUGAUGCUGGACUGCUGGCAGAAGGACCGCAACACCCGGCCUCGCUUCGCCGAGAUUGUCAACACUCUCGACAAAAUGAUCCGCAACCCGGCAAGCCUCAAAACUGUGGCUACCAUCACCGCUGUGCCUUCUCAGCCCCUCCUCGACCGCUCUAUCCCUGAUUUCACUGCCUUUACCUCAGUAGAAGACUGGCUGAGCGCCGUCAAGAUGAGCCAGUAUAGAGACAACUUCCUGAGCGCUGGAUUCACCUCCCUCCAGCUGGUUGCACAGAUGACAUCCGAAGACCUCCUGAGAAUAGGAGUAACGCUGGCUGGGCACCAGAAGAAGAUCCUGAACAGCAUCCAGUCCAUGCGCGUGCAGAUGAGUCAGUCUCCGACCUCAAUGGCGUGACAUCCCCUGCUCAACGGGGAGGGGACAGGGAGGGCAGGCAGCGGAGGUGGGAGGGGAGGAACUGAUGGGAGCUGUGGGGCCACAGCUGGAGAGGGGCGGCUGCGGCCGGGGCUGUGCCUGAUCACGGAGGACGUUCCUGGGACUUGCCUCGGCCUGGUGACUUCCAUCCCUCACCAACAGAAGCACACUUACCGAUGUCACGGGGAACAGCGUAUAAAUAAGUAUAAAUAUGUACAAAUCAUAUAUUUAAAAAAUGAAAAAAAAAAACACACAAAAAACAAACCCCAACCAACAAUGAAGACAAACCAGUGUGUGUUGGGGAAACAAACCUAAAUCCUAGAGACCAGACUCCAAUCCCACCACCAGUGAGCAGUAGUCAAAACUGAAGAGGAGGAGGCAGGGGCUGUUGGGAGAGGGAGUGGCAUCGCAUUGGGUUUCCCAUCCAGAGAAGCCACCGGCAGUGACCGCCUUGCUCUUCUUUUCUUCCUUGACUCCCUCCUGCCUGGCCCCUCCCGCUGCCCCACUCUCUUCUCUGCUCACGGCCUGGUAGAAACCUCCGCAGCCACUGACUGUGCUGUCCAGGUGUCGCUCUGCCAACUACCAAAGGACUUCACUGACCACUGCAUGGGGGAUCCGACGCAAUCCAGUUAAUGUCUUCAUAUUGAAGAAGAGAUGUACCUUCAAUAGAAAAACUUUGGUUUUUUUCUUUUGCUUGCAUUUUUUUGCAAAAAGGGGAAAAAAAAAAACGUACAAAAAAAAAUAAUCCAUCAUGGCAAA